AUGCCCGCCUUUCUGGAACCCUCAAACCCGCAGAGUCCCCGGUACGAUAAGCCAGUCCCCCGGCCGCCAAAAUCACCCAACAAGACCAGGGACGUUCGUGCCCACAAUCGCCGCCGCGAGUUUCUAAUCAGGAAUCCUGGUUACUUCCAAACCACCGAACAUCAACUUGCUGACCCCCUGCUCUACGAUACCUUAGUGCGCAAGUUCCAGACGCCCGCCGAGCGAGAAGCCGAAAGCCGCGCCAAAGGCUACUCCCGUGUUCUAGAGGAGUCUUUGCUAAGAGGAGAGGCACGUCUCGCUGAUCUCAAGUCCUCGGUCGAUGGCGGCGCAGCUUCGUCAACCGAACCUGCCAAGGACUUCACCACUGAAUCCGACCUGUCCAAGACUCAGACCAAGGAAGAAGGGCUGGAGAGAUGGGUUGAGUUCCUGACCGAGCGCUUCGUUCAUGGCCACGACGACGACUUCGACUACAGCCAAGUCGAUAACGACGAUGACUUCGACACCAUGGAAAGACGCGAUGCCGAGGAUGCUUGGUUUGAUGAGGAAGACCCCGGCUGGGCCAGCGACACAGAGGAUACUCAUACCGCUCGUCCUGAGACCCGGAAGCAAAAGCAAGGCGAAACUGGCAUCCAGGACUUCUGA